AUGGUCAACGAUACCAAGGGCCCUUUUCUCCUGUUCGUCAUGGCAAACAGCACCUCGUUCGACUCGACUUUGCCGCCGCUCCCUUCGUAUACCCUCGAGCCCAGAGGCGAUUUCUUCUCGUGGAUUUCCGACGUUUGGCUCUCCCUCAUCCUGCCCAUCUUCGUCUAUUGGGUAAUGUCGCUGAUUUUCCACGUCAUUGACGUCCUCGACCUGUUCCCGCAAUAUCGCCUUCACACCCCAGAAGAGAUACUGCGCAGAAACCACGCCUCCCGAUAUGAGGUGGCGCGCGACGUCGUUAUCCAGCAAAUUAUUCAGGUUGCUACGGGUACCAUCCUGGCCCUGUCCGAGCCCCCCGAGGUAGUCGGAAAGGCAGAUUAUGACGUUGCCGUUUGGGCCACGAGACUUCGCCUUGCGCAACGAGCGCUGCCCGGCUUUCUGAGCCUUCUCGGUGUCAAUGCCACCGCCAUCUCCAAGAGCAUGUCAGCGACGCACCCUUUGCUGGCUGGCGCUCUAGCUGGCGGCUACUAUCCGUCCCUCUCCACGGCCGAGUCCGCUGCGCCUGCUUUCGCUCCCUGGGAGCUCGCUGUCGCCAGAGUCCUCUAUCACAUCGUCGUCCCGGGCAUUCAGUUCUUUGUGGCUGUCUCAUUUCUCGACUCCUGGCAGUACUUUCUGCACCGACUGAUGCACGUGAAUCGAUGGAUGUACACUACUUUCCACUCCAGACACCACCGACUAUACGUUCCAUACGCAUACGGCGCCUUGUACAACCACCCAUUGGAAGGUUUCUUGCUCGACACGCUGGGGGCCGCUAUUGCAUUCAAGUUGACCGGCAUGACGGUCCGUCAGGGCACUUGCUUCUUCGCCUUCUCGACAAUCAAGACUGUCGAUGACCACUGCGGAUACUCCUUUCCCUGGGACCCCCUGCAGCUCAUCACCUCCAACAACGCCGCGUAUCACGACAUUCACCACCAGACAUGGGGAAUCAAGAACAACUUCUCCCAGCCAUUCUUCACCUUCUGGGAUGGCAUGUUGGGGACCAAAUACAAGGGUCCUCGAGCCGACAGACUUGCUGAUAGGAAGCGAGCUGAUAAAACGAAAUAG